UUGUACAUGUAAUUCCGUUACACCUUUCAACUCGCGAAUAACAUCCCACACAGGCUGCUAUUUCAAUUUGCCUAUUGGGAGUGUCCCAUAUGGAGAAAACAUGCAACAAAGUUAGGAUUAAUGCAGUGUGGCAUUGCAAAAUUUCAUGAAUCAUUUAACUCAAAUGCAGCCCAGAUAGACACAGAUAGGCGGUCGCUGCAUGGGUAUUUUGAAUAUUAUUUCAGUGUCUGGUUCAAAAUAAACUGAGGUUUUUUUUUAGGUGUGUGCCCUAAAUUUUCUUUCUUCUUCAUCAAAACUGGGAGUUUCAUUCAUAUCAUUAUUUGGUAAGUAAUGUUUAAGAUAUUGACUCAAGCUAAUUGUAGAAUUACUUAUUCAUUUAACAUGCCAUUGACAAAUAGUAUUUAUGCAAAUUUUGCGGGGUUCAACUUUCGUUAUAAAGUGCUAAUGUAAUAAAACAACAAAUUGAAAAGUUACUUAAUAAAUGAAUGUUAAAUUUUUAAUCUACAAAAACAUUUUUUUCAAGGUGGAAAUUUGGUGGAAUAUUGGUAAGCUCGAAGAACUAUUAGUAAAAUAAUUCAAAAAUAUUCACAGAUAUACGGUAUUUCAUAAAUUAGUAAUAACAUAACAUUGCAAAGAACAAUGGAGCUUUUCUUAACUAAUGCAACAUCACUUUCUUUCUUGUAGAAUUUUAUUAAAAUUCUGAUAAUAGAACACACAGACAGCAAUUAUAUAAAACGUAUGACCAAAAAAAAAAAAACAAAAAAAAAACAAGAAUGAUUAUUUUGAUUAUCUCAAUCCGAAAUGUAAUUAUUCUACGGACAAAUCGUCCAUCUUUUCUACAGUUACUUUAUUGUCGUAACGCCUAGAGUUCAGUUGUUACAUGUACAUAAUUCAAUGUUAGUGAUACUUAAUAAAACAGAUGAAACAACAAAUAAUGGAAUUUAUGGAUUCACGCACCAAUUAUCGACAAACUUUGUCCAAUUAAUGAACAAACUAUUUAGAAUAUUUAAGGAAUUAUUUGUUUGUAUAUUUUGAGGACAUAGAUAAAUCGGAAGCAUGGGCUUAAUUCUGGAUCAUCAGUUUCACUGAAAGUCCCCAUGCUUCAUUUUUUAUAUUCCCUAUAAUCAAUGUUUGUAAUUCCCUUUCUUUCUUUCUAUUUUUAUUAUUAUCAUUAUUUAUUCAUCUAUCAUUAUUCUUUUUAUAUUUCUUGUCAAUUUGAAAGUUCGCAAACGCGUCACAAUCAUCUCAUGUACAAAAAAAAAACACCCAAAAAACCCCCCAAGGUUUAUUUUUUACUAACGAAACAUUAGUAAAUAUGAAUAUCAAAAGGCAAAACAAGGGUAUCAUUUUCAAUGAUUGACGCAGAUAUUGUAAAACGAUGUGUGUAUUGCUUUUUCUUGAUUUUAACUUGGAAAUAUUUCAUACAUGUAUCCGUAAAAAUCAAUAAAAGUGCCACAUUCGUGUUUUGCUUCAAAAUAUGCAUAUAUUAGAAUUUUCAAGUAAUUAUUCAACUGACAUCUAAAAUAUUUUUAUUUUAUUUCACAGAUUUUGAUAUUACCUGGCGUUUAUCCAGCCUGAUUUUGAGGAAUUCUCCAUUUUUAAUAAAACAAAUAAUAUUGUAUUACCUACAGAAUACAUGUACUAAAUCUUUAAAAUGGCAUUGUUAGAUAUAUGCGAUAUUAUUUAAUAUAUAUUGUAUUCCCGUAAUAUUGCUAUAACUGUUUGUGAGUCUAUUAAUCUCGCACAACCAUGUUAAACAGUGUUGGUGCAAAUAAAACGCAACACAUUCCUAGUUAGCUGUUUGUAUUGUUUUUAUGAUUAACAAAAUUUUAGCCAUUGGGGGUGUUAUUCACUAUCUAACACCCCGGAGAUAUCGUAGAACCUGAUAUUUCUAAAAAAAAAAACCAAAAAAAACCCCACAUCAUUUAUUAAUGUGACUCGUUAGCCACAACAUAACUACCCUGAGUGUGUGUUCUUCGAAGAAUUCAAUAAUAUAUCGAUAGACACUAGAUAAAUUUUUCAUAUGUAUAAGACUUUACAGCACCCAAUCAAAUAAAUACUACAUCAAAGGGGGUUUAUUACGUCUCUUAAUGAACCUACCAAAGUUCACUGACAGCAAACCAAUGUUUGCCAUGAACGUACAAUAUUGAAGAAACGGGAUUUUUCAAAGGAUCGCCUUAUUUGCAGGUAUCGUACAAAAAACACACCAUGUACAUGUACCUUUUAUCCUGACCAACAACAUGAGCACUUCUAAAGAGGAAUCACCGCCAUCUUUGACAGAACAAAACCUGAAGCUGUUGAACAUGAAUUAUGAUACCAGUUCGGAGAGUUCAACAAAUAACUUGACUCGAGAAAACUUUGAAAUUUUGUUGGGAUCCUAUAAUGCUUCAGAAAUGUUGGUUCUAGACAUAGGGAGGUACCUUCAGGAGCCUGUUGUCAUAAUGAUGAUGGUUUUGUGCAUACUUUCUCUUUGCAUGAACAUUUUUUCUAUACUUGCUACAAAACAUGUGCCUCAAAAUCUCUUUACAGCUCACUUUCGAUUGCUACUAAGCCUGGCUGCAUCUGACAUCUUGAUUGUGUUCAGUGUGGUGUUUCACAUUGCUAACAAAGUUUUCAACCCGCCUCAGACAUUCCACUUGCAUACUCCAGAAGAACGUCUAGUGUCAGCUUGUGGGUUCCAGCUAGUGGUUUCUAUUAACGUCACGGCUCACUUGAUAUCCUUGCUUAACCUCUUUGCCAUGGCACAGGAUCACUAUGUGGCUAUAAUAAAACCACUGCAUUACAACCAAAUAAUGCGCCCCAGCAGAGUCAACAUCAUGAUUUCUAUUCUGUGGGGUAUUGCAAUUCUUGGUGGAUUUUCAAACUUCUAUGCAGGAAUCGGCAAACCUCCACAUUUCGAGGAAUUUAACAUGUGUGAGCGAGCACUGUACAGCAACUACCAGGCAGAAUACCUCCUUAUUCUCGUGACCAUUCUGUGUUUUCUAGGAAUAGGUGUUAUAUACACAACUCUAUACUGCAAAAUUAAAAACCUAAACAACUUUACCAUUACAGUGUCCAAAAACAGAAUGCACAACAAGAAAGCUUUAGUUACCACGUUAAUCAUCAUAGGAACAUUUACCGUCUGCUGGUUACCAGACAUGAUCUUUCAGUUGGCGAUGAUUAUUCAGAUUCAAGUAGAUGAUUCUAAAGUAAGAGACUUCAUAGUAAUCUUUGUGCAGGCCAACAAUUACUUGUAUGUUCUUUUGCUGUGUAACUCGCUGUGUGACCCCAUCAUAUAUGCCAUUCGUCUGCCAGAGGUACGGUUAGGGUACAUCCGAUUUCUAUCCAAGUACUUUGUUAAUUGCAGGGAGAUACUAAAUAACAGGCAAAUGAGUAAAAACAGGAGUGGGUCACAUACACAACGAAUUAGUGCGAGAGCUAAGUCAGAUCCAGAAUGCUCUUUGAAUUUUCUUGACACAAAAACGGAAAACAAUGAAGCAGAGAUCAGCGAUUCAGGACAGCCGUUAGAUUCAAAGUCCAGCUCAGAGCCAGUAUGUUGAGAUUUCCAUGUAAGACGGGAUUUAUCUGCACACUGAUUUACAGUAAUAGUCAAGCAAAUUUUUUUCACUAAGAAAUUUAAUUCAAAUCAGGAGUGAAUUGAAGAUAUGAUUUUAACCAGAUUGAUCCAGAUACAGACAUGUUUAGCUACCAGGAAGAUGUCUUUGGAUUAUACCGCGUACAGCCGGAAAAUAGUAUUUAAAUUUUUAGAAAACAGAUGAAAAGUUUGGAGCCAACAUAUGGAGCUUCGACAAUAACACCUGGAUUAGGGUUAAAUAAAUAUCACUGUAUAAUACCAUUUUCUAUCCUAUCUUUUUUACAUUGUAAUUCAACAUUUUUGCAAUUUGGAGUGAUACAUAUUCAUGUGAUUGAGAUUAUAUUGAUUUGUAAAGAAUAGUUUUUGACUUUGAACAUAUUUUAUUGUAUAAAUAUACAAAGGGAUUGGUUACAAGUUCAAGCAACUUAGAAGACCUCCAUUUAGUUAUAGUUAAAUAUGUCAGAAAAAUAUUUGCUUGUAGCAGGAACCUGUCCUUCGAUCUUUUAAUAUGUAUCUUAAAAUGCAAUGUUAAUUGUAUAAGUGUUUGUGUGAAAUAUCUAGUCAAACCUUACUCUUUUCAAUUUUCCUGUCCUUAAGGAUAAUUUUGACCAUUCAAGAUCGUGUACAUAAUAUUUAAGCCUCCAGUAUUACUUUACCAUAACACACUAACAUCACAGUCCUCUAAAGGCAUAUUGUUCAGGAUAUUGAAAGUAAAAGGAUCUCUUAGUCUACUUUCAUUUUGAAAUACCAUGCAACACAAUUUUCCUCCAAUAUGACAUAUUACACCAUGUUGUUUUUAUCUUAAUUUAACCUCUCUUUCUGCAAAAUUGAAAUGGAUUAAAAUCUUUCCAAGCAAGAAUUUCAUGAACUAGACGUGACAUCCGAAAAUUGCUCACAAUAUAAUAAUUUCCUGCAACAAUACACAAAGAAAGAUAACCGAGGGCACACACAUAGAUUAAUGAGACCAGAUGAAUAUGCGACACUGAUGUAUUUAUACAUACGAGAUAAAUGAUGUAAUCAUUUAGUGCUAGUGGUACUGGUGUACUGUAAAUGUAUUUUAGAAAUAUCAAAAUGACUAUUUUAGACUUACUAAAAUUACUUAGAUAUAUAUGUAAUAUGAUUCUACUGUCAAAAAUAGUGUUCAUAAUGCCCAAGACUAAUAAAGAAAGUCUUAAGAUGCUGUUAACAAUCAUUUUAUUCAAUAAAGAUUUCAGAAUAUUUGGUAAUAUUCUUCCUUGUACCCAUAAUGGAUAAUGCAAAUGAUAAUCCAAUAGAAAUACAACUACAUUAAAGUCGGUCAAAAUAUUCAACAUCAAGAUUUAAAAACAUGAAUUACAUUAGCACAAAGGGACCUUGCCAAAACCGUCUUACCGCAUGCAACAGAACACGAAAAAAGAAAAUGUUGGAUACUGCAAAUAUGCAUGGAUUGAUCCCUUGGAGCCGAUAACUUGCCCAUCUAUGAAUUAUCGCAAAGAUCUGUCUUGAAAGCAAUUUUGACAUUAUAUCGCAAGAAAAUCUAAAGAUAAUUGCCGAAAGACGAUUUGAAAUUCGUGCAAAUACCCAAUUAUUGUUCAGAAAGUCUUCAUAUUUUGGCGUAGUGAAAACGAUAAAUUAAACGAUGUUUAUUGAAAUGCAUAUCAUAAAUUUUUUUGUGCAACAAAAUGAGUGAAACCCUCGAUUCGAUUUUAUAAUAAUCCCUUUUCAUCAACACUUAUCUGUUAACUAUACUGCAUAAAUUUUGUAAAUGUGGACAAAUAUUAACGCAUAUCCAUAUAUUUAGUCUCACUUAACGAGACAGUUUGCUUCAUACUGUAUAAUUUAAUAGCGACGAAAAAUCUCUUUGACGUACCUUAUGAAAAAUUCUUACACAAUCAUAAACCCCCUUAAAAAACAAUAAAUCAAAUUCAAGGGCACCGAACAACAAAAUUAAUUUUUUUCCCCUAACGCUUUAACAUAUCCCCACCCCUUUACCAAAAAUAUGCAAGCUCCACCUUCAUUUUUAAAUGUCCUAAUGACACAUAAUUGAGCCCUCCGACUCUGGUUGAAAUUGCCAUUGUACAAUCCAGUUGAUUUAGCGACACACAAGAUCAGGGUCAAGCCUAUUACAUUUCCAUAGAGGAACGGCAGCGUAACUUGGCAUGUAUUGACACAAGACCGUAGCAUACAAAGAAAACAAAGUCAGAAAUAAGAUCAAAUUACAGCAAUCAUAGCGUGUCACUGGCCACAGACAAUCGACGUCAAAUUUAGUAGAAAAAAUAAACGCCUCGAAAUGACACCCGGAUCGGUGGCCAUUACUGAUCUACAUUUUCAAGAACAUCUGCAAUCAGAGGUUUAAUACAAAAAAAUCUACAAAAUUUAAUAUGUUUGCUUAUACAUGUAAAAUAUUCCCCCAAAAUCUUUUUUCCAAAUCAACUCAUAAUUUUGCAGUCAUGCAAUAGUGUUGAUCAAAAAGUAUGUACCAUUAUCCAUAAAAAAGGACAUAAAUCCAAUCAUGUACGCUUCAAAAUUGAUUUUAAUUUAACAAGUAGCGAAGGGCAUAUGAUGAACAUGCUAGUUACACGUUAAAUAAGUGCUAACAGGUACGAAUUAAGUGAUCGUGAAAUCGGAGAUUCAGAAAAUCACCGUAUGAACCUCGCUCAAUGAUUGCAUACCCGUAUUUUUUUUUAUCAAUAUCAUAACUGUUGACAGUUGUGCAAUCUUUCAUCCAAGUUAUGCAGGCUGUAAUUUUGAAGCUUUAAAAGCCCCGUAACCUUGUAAUUAACUAAGGGUAUUGGGUGUACACCGUCCAAUGUCAUUUGGCUGUGGGGAAAGGGAAACAACCUCCAAAGCAACCGCCAUGUUCAAUUACUUUGUCAAGUUUAUGGUCUUUUAAAAUCUUUAAUCAUCUAGCUAUCUGAACAUGAUACUUUUAUAGGUUAAGAAUGAUCAUUUCUUAAUCAAACAAUGCCAUAAUGAUUUCAAAGUACACACAAGCUAGCAAAUAGUAUGUUUUAGCUUCAAAAUAAAAAUAUUAACAUAUAAUUAAUCCGGCACUAAGUAACAACUUCAAUGGUUAAAAAAAGCCAGUUCUAGUAAUUUAUGAUACAUGUGAUUUCAUCAUGAAUAUGACCAGCUGGGUCAGUUGUUGAUAAAAACUACAACUUAAAUACAAGAACUAUCACCUGCCUGGUAUUCUGGGCCAAGUGUCAGACGGUGUUGAUGGACGCUUUCGAUGAGGAUAUACUUGAAUCAUCAGUGUCACUUUGGCUAAGUUUCUGCUCAAAUUCAGUUGCCUCAACCAUCGCUUUGUCCUUCAGGGCCAUCUGGUAUGCCACCUCAAAAGCUUCUCCAAGUGUCAUAAUUAUCUCCCUUGCUAAAUCCUACAAGGAAUAGGUGUGGAUAAAAGAACAAUGAUAUAAAAAACUAUGAAUGUGCAUAAUUCUUACCAAGGACAGACAAGACCCAAAAUUUUUUAUGUAUGGUUUGAUAUAUAUUUUCGUUCUUGAAAUGUUUGCCAACACACAAGGCUUUACUAUAUACAUAAUUUUUUGAGCUUUUUUUUUUUACACCUCAGAUAUUGUAACACCAAUUGAGUAUAUUUUAUUUUUUUUAAAAUAAAAAAAAUUUCAUUUGACACAAAAAUGAAAGAAUCUUGUUAGAUAAUUCAGAAAAAUGUUUCUAUCUUCUGUAAAGUAUAAAAGAAAACAAAAUCAUACACUGGAACAAAAAUGAUUACAACAGAAAAUUAGUUCCUGAUGGCCGGAGGCUGUAAAUACUAUAUAUAAAUUCAACCCAUUGACACUGUUGACAAAAACAAGCACAAGGCUAAACUGUUGACAUACAUCUCCUCGGACAAUGAAGGAUAACAAACAGAGGCGUGGACAAAUGAGGAGGCAGACUAAGUCCAGGUCUAAUGUAAACAUGUCACCACUGUAGAGAGCUAAUGGACUGUGCCAGCACAUUCAGAGCUAAUGAUUAACAGUAUAAUCUCCACAAUUGUAUCAGAGAAGCAAAAUAUUUUGAUAAACAGACUGAAUAAGUUUGUUGUUAUGAUAGGUUGUUUCUUGUUAAUAUUUUUGGUAAAAAUGUGAUCUGUACGUUCACUCCUCAAUCAUGCUCGCUAUUUCCUACGGCCAUAUCUUAAUGAAAAGUAACAUAAUGAUAUAAAUAUUUGUCAUUUUUCAAAGGUGUUUGUGUCAAUAAUAAGAUAAGUACAUUGUGUGCACACUCAACCAAUUCUUCAUGUACAAUCAUUAAGACAACAAGAGACUCCUGGGCUACAAUGCUCAUCUUGCUCUUAUACACAGAUAAAAUUUUAGACGCUUCAUUGCUGCCAACACUUAGCCAAUAAUGCACCUUGUAAUCAAGAUAAUUUAGUAACAUUCACCCCCCAUUUAAAAUUAUACCCAUUUAAUUUCUGCUUUUAUGGGGAAAAAUUUUAAUUAGAAAAAACAAUCUUGCAAAAUACCAUACAGUAUUCGAGAUCAUUCAUUACCUUAUUUCAGAUGGUGACCUUGACCUUUGAUCUAAAAAUAUACAUGCUCUUUUUGUGAUUGACUCUUCCAAUGAUAUCUGAAAUAUCAUUUGGAAACUAUAUGUCUUGUCGUAUGUGUAGAGCUGGUGAUGUGAUACAAACAGCAUUUGAUGUAAAUGUAUCAUACCAAAAAUACUUUUUAUCAUGUGAGACCUUGACCUUUGGAUCUAAACAAAAGGGUCAUCCUGUUGUGAUAGACACUUCAGCUAAAGUUUCAGGGUUAGUUUCAUUGCUAAAGCUCAGUGUUUGAGGUAUUAUUUGGAGGCAGUAUCUGUGACCUUUGGACCUUAAAAAAAGUUAUCCUUAACUCUUGGAGAUUUCUUAAAUGGUAUUCAAGAUAUCAUCUGGAAACCAAGGUCUUCUUCCAUCUUGACAGAUUGAUCCCUGACAUAAUUCCCUGUUUUCGCUAAAAUCAAACUUAACAUCAUAUGAAAAUGAUUGCGUGAUAAUUCUAGCUUUGAAGUCCUUCCACAGAUUUUAAAAGAUUCCUUUAUGAAACUUCUAACUCAGGCCUGCUAUAGCCCCAUCCAAAUUCUGUAGCCAUGAUUCAAACAAAAAAAUGACCUACAUUUUGGUAUGUUAAACAAACAUUUGACUCUAUAUUAAUUAAGGCUAAAUUAAACCCUCGCCCAACCAACUGAAAUCAGUCUCACCAAUUCCAAAAUUUUAACAGACCACCUUACCAUGAAAUGUCUACAAUUUGAUUUAUUUUGUGUACAUAAGUCUGUAUCUCAGUAGUUACAUAGUCCCUUCAAUUUCAUGUACGGUAAACAAGUUGUCUUUGCCACAACAAGUGAAUGUAAACUGACAAUUCAUAGAAAUCAUUUUGCCCUAUUCAUCUUCACUUUUUGAUCUUUAAAAUAAUGCAUCAUUUUUGAAGUCUUAUUGUGCAAAGAAGUUUGUACCACCCUGCCACCAGGGCAGUGGCUGAGACUCUAUCAUAUAGCCCUGGAGACAAUGAUUUGAACACACUUGAAUCAGGUAAGACCAACAACAAAAAAUAAAAA